ACUGAUUCUGUUAUGUUCCUGUGUAUCUGCGUGAAGCUGCUCUGAAUCGGUCUCUACCGUAUAAAGCUGAUGUUUGGUGUGGUUUCUGUAGAGAACAGUGACAUCAGUCAAGCGCUGUCCAAGCUGACGGAGCCCGCAGCCGUCCCCAUGCACAAGCUGUCUGUCUCCAGCAUGAUGCACAGCGCGAGGAAACGCAUCCGGAGAAACAGACGCGCCGAGGAGUCGCCGCUACACAACCACGUGCUCAACUCCAUCCUGCUGUAUCUGUUCCCGGACGCAGCUCUGGAUAAAGCAGACUGGAGCGAGGUCAGAUCCACGCAGGAACCGGAUCACCAGCACCUCUAUAAUCAGCUGAAGUCUGCUCCGAGCGACAGUCUGACGUACCGUCUGGCCCUGUGUGUCUGUAUGGUGAACUUCCAUCACGGAGGAGUGCGCGCCGUGGCUCACCUGUGGCAGGAGUUUGUGCUGGAGAUGCGCUACCGCUGGGAGAACAACUGCCUGAUCUACGGGCUGGCCAGCGGAGCUCCGGAUCUCAGGUGUUGUCUUCUUCAUCAGAAACUGCAGAUGCUGAACUGCUGCAUCGAGCGCAAGCGAGCGAGGGAUGAUGGGAGGAAGAGCGGCGCGUCAGACGCGGCCAGGAGCCUCCCGGGGCCCGCCGAGGUUUCUCCGGGGAAGUCCUGGGACUCGUGGAGCGACAGCGAGGAGGAGUUCUUCGAGUGUCUGAGCGACACGGAGGAGAUGAAGGAGACGGAGAGCGAGAAAAAGACGGCCAGUAAGAGCAAAGCUACUUCUUGA